UAAACCAGUUGUCAAGCAUCACUUUUUGAAUGAACACUCCUAUCAGCAAGCCCUCGCUGUUACGUCACCCCCCAGGAUGCAGCUGACCAUGAAAGCUACCUUUGCAGGAGUUCUCCCUUUGCUGCUGGCCACACACUUCGGACUACUCUCUGCGAGAGCGUUCCCACUGACGCAAGAGGAGUCCAUGUGCCGCAACGUCAGCCGCUGCAAGGCGAAGGUCUUAGCUCAGAUCCACUGCCAGAUCGCACAACUCAACAUGUCGGCACACGGCCUCUUCACCACCUAUCUGGACCGCCAGGGCGAACCCUUCACUAACCACCCAGACAAGUUCUGUAAAGCGGACAAGACUUUCCCUGCCUUCGAUCGGACGGACAGCGAGAGGAACCUACUCUCUCUCUAUAAGAUCUUCGCCUUUUUCAACGCCUCCCUCGGCAACAUCACCCGAGACCAGGAGAACCUCAGCACGGACGACAAGGAGAAAGAGGACCUUCUGAGGAGGCUCAGGAACACCACCAACAUGUCCCGCGGCCUUUUGGCCAACCUCACCUGCCUGCUGUGCUCCAGGUACAAAGUCCACCACGUCCACGUGACCUACGGCAACAGCUCUAGCUCCGACAUCUUCCAGAAAAAACAGUACGGGUGCCAGGUGCUGAAAAGGUACACGGAGGUCAUCUCGGACGCGGCGUACACCAUGGGGAAAUGCAGCCGGUAGACGCGAGGGCGUCCGGGGCCCCUGGAUGUCUCCAUCGUUCUUUGGACCUCGCGGAGAGAUGGAGAAAGGAAAACCCAGAAGGCCUUUUACCGGAUCCAGGCUGGGUUUGAGCUGCUGUUCUUUCCAAAGCAGGGUCAACGUCAGUUUUUCAAGAAGGAAACUGAAGACCGUGCCAUGAUUUCUCUUUCGUCCUUGGUCUCUUCUGGUUAUGGCAACCCUUUUUCCUGCCCAGCUGGCCCCUUCUGGAUUACGGUCCUGUUUCCCAGACCCUUGUUUAUUUAUUACUGCAUUCCUCUGUCCAUCACUUGAGUAUCAAUCCGCCUUACUGUUCUCGCCCUAGUAUUUAUUUGAAUUAAUCUCAGGGAUUUGUCUCUAUCGAAAGAAAAAAAAAUUGUCUUUGAUUUCUGCUUUUGCUCAUUGAAUUCAGCAACUUAACAAUGUCAGCGGUGGCAGUUAGCACCGAACUUGAGGUUACGAGGAAGGUUGGAAGAUAAGAGAUGAAGAGAAAUAUUUCAUGGCCAUUGCUGGAAACACACACACACCCCGCCAGGACAAUAUUUAAUAAUAAUUUAAUAAUAUUUAACAAGUUUUUUUUUCACCAUUUAUCUGCAGGGCUAAAAAUACCAGCCAGCCCUUUUUAUAUUUGUAUAAGCCUACAGUUGGGCUGAAAAUAUUUAUUUUCUGUCUUUUAUGAUGAGUGCCUGAUGCUAGUGUUUUAUUUUAUUGUGUUGUGCUCAAAAUUAUUUAUUAUCUAGCUGUUUGCUACUUUGAUGAUGGGUGCUAGAGACAUCUAUAAGGUCACUAAUCAUCAAAUUGAAUAAAUCAAAGAGAUGUUCAGGGGGACCUAGUCAGAAAAUCCUGAUAGCAGCCCUUCUUCCACUAACUGAUAUGACAGGUGAUUCAUCAGGAAGGUUUAAACUACCUGGUAGAUUUUUGCUGUCUGAAUCAGAGGUGUCUGUUUUCCAUUUGUGCAUAAUUUACAGCAUAAUUAUACACACAAAAGUUAAAUCUGCACUCAGUGGAACCUAUUCCAGGUAAAUAAGUAUAACAUUGCAGCCGUAAGAUUAAACCCAUUAAACAUUUUAUUGUGUUUUUAGAAGAGGUGCUCUCUCAAGUAGCAGAAGACAUCUGUUUGUCACACCACAUUUUACUUACUUCUGUGUGAUGGUGGGUCAUUGGAAAGUAAACUUGGUUUGCCAGACUGAUUGCCAAACAUAACAAAAACUAUUUUGUAGGAGGAAUGAAAAUGGAUUAAUUAUAGAGAAUUUACAUUCCCUUUCAGUUUGAUCCCUAGUGCAGUCCAGAAUUGGAUGUUUCAUGGUGCCUGGUGGGUCAGCUUGUCCAUCAACCUUGGCUGAGUUGCUUAAAGGAAAGAUAGAAGAUACUGGAUGUAUAUUCAAUUCAUAGGGUGAGAUUAGAUGGGGAUUUGUCCUAUGGUUUACGGAUGGACUAGUUUGCUCCCUUUCCUGGUGAUCACAUGAUGUAUGGACAGUCGUGAACCAGUCUGGCCCUGAUCCAUUGGUACCCAUACCACUUUGGCUCUGUCAGGGACUAGUGUUUGCUUCUCUUUUUCUUUUUCUUUGGUGCAGGUGGUUUGGCACCAUUUUGGUUCCAUUCCAGCAUGUGCGGAAUCGAACCAAAGUGGACGGCUCAAGACGUCAUUCCGCUGAAGUGUCUGUCUUCAGCUCGGAGAAGCAGCAAUGCAAACCAGGAAUGGGUUUCAGACUUUGACUCCUAUUGUGUCUCUCUUUCCAAUUUGUAAUACUGAUUAUACUUAUCUACCUCACAGGGGUUGUUUUUAAUGAUUUCUGACAAGGAAAAGAUGUGAACUUGCUUUGACCAUCUGCUGUUAUUUAUUAUUCUGUCUGCAUACACGUUCUUGACAUACUUAAUAGCCUUAUAAAGCUGCCGCUGGUCGGUCUAGAGUGUAUGUUUUUAAAAAGUUUCUUGUCACCCUCAUAUGUUGUCCCUUCAAACUAAGAUUUAAUCAUGUGCUAUUUUUAAGAUAUUUAUAUGCACACAACCACACGUUUGACUGUGGGUUUUGGUAAUAGGGAAGCUGAGCAAUACCUGAAAAUUUGGUUCUCCCCCCUCCCAGGAGGAGAGAGAGAGGAAGGAGCAAAUAUCUUUAAAGAGUCCAUUUUACCACCAGAACUAGUCCUGUUAAGGAUGGUUUUAUUUUUUUUUAAA